GUGAAUUUUUCAGGUGAAUUUGUAUGCAUGGUUGUUUCCUAAGAAAAGGGCACCUACCUACCUCAGGUUUUCUAAUUAGCGCCCACCCUAUGUAAAUCCAGCCAUGACAGCAUGUGUGAAACUGAAAGUGAUCAUGUGAUGGUUCUGGAGUCGUAGAGACGUAGACAGUCACGCCACUGGUGUCUGUCACCGUUUUCCCGCCUAGUUUGAAGUGACUCGUGGGCAUGCAUCAAACACAUGUUUUAACAGCUGUAUUUUAGUUGCAUUUCCCGCCGCUAUAUAUGUUUAUUUCUUUAUUUUCCUCCUAUAUAACGAACCAUCUGCAUAUCAUUUAAUAAACAGGUUAGAUCAAUGUCGUCGCCAGUUCAGACUUCAGAGUAGUUAUGUUCCUAUAUUCAGGAACCGGGGGAAGUAGUUAACGAGGAUUUCGUUCUUGGGGCUUACUGCACUCUUGACUGUUGUCAUGGUUUUUUGGAAAUAUUUUGAGGUCAAAUAUCAUGUCUUUCCGCAUUACUUAUACAUGCAGUCAAAUACUCGAUCUACUUGGUGCGAACACUUAUACUCGGCCUUUUUUGGUACCCAUAGCACAAAGCGAAACGUGUCCAUAGUAGGAAGCAAAUAAUUACAAAACGUGACACAAAAAGUGAUUUGGGUGCGGUGGAUUUCGUCAUAGUCAUAGCGUGAUUGUGAUUGCUUGUAAGAACAAGAAUGGAGCGAAAUACCAACAGAAACAGAGAAAAAUGCCGAAGCUUUAAAGCAAAAAUUGGGUGUAUUCACCUCGAUUUCAACCCGGUCGUGACAAUCAUCUCUGCGGUCAUUAUCUGGGCUUUUGUGAUAUGGUGCGUAGUUGAUACGGAGACAGCUUCAAAUGGUAUGAAAGAUGCGAAGCGUUGGAUAACAGAAACCUUCACAUGGCUUUACAUUGGCACACAAGACGUCUGGUUCUUCUUUCUGGUUAUCUUGUAUUUCUCGAAAUACGGAAAAAUGAAACUAGGAAAAGACCACGAUAAACCAGAAUUCAGCAACGCGACAUACUUCACCAUGUUGUUUUCUGCCGGAAUAGCUAUUGGUCUCUUUUAUUACGCCGUCGCUGAACCAAUUUUUCACUAUGUACCUGGAGGCCCUGGGUAUAACAGAUAUUGGGGGAGAUACACGGACAACCAACGCGCUCAGGAUGCAAUCAAUAUCACAUUGUUUCACUGGGGUGCUCAUGCCUGGGUGGUGUACAGCCUUGUUGGUGUACUCAUGGGCCUGGUAUCGUACAGACAAGGUCUUCCUAUGACCAUACGGUCGUGUUUCCAUCCUCUUAUUGGAGACAUGAUCUACGGAUGGGUUGGCGACGUUAUCGAUAUUCUGUCCGUUAUCGUUACGAUGUUCGGCGUAUGCACGAGUCUUGGCCUUGGGGUGAUUACAUUGAAUUCUGGCAUCAAUAGAUUGAACAGUGAUAUUGAUGAAAGCACCGACAAUCAGAUUAUCAUAAUUUGGCUAAUCACUGUCGUUGCUACAAUCUCGGUCAUAUCAGGACUCAGGGUUGGCAUCCGUCGUCUCAGUGAAAUUUGUUUUUGCUUGGGUAUGACGCUUAUGUUGUUUGUGCUUUUCUCGGAUAAUACUUGGUUUCUACUCAAUCUCUACGUGCAAAGCAUCGGAUACUAUUUUCAAUGGCUCAUCCAACUUGGUUUUCACACCGAUGCAUUUGCGCAGCUUGGUAACGCACCUGAUAAAUUGGAGAACCCAACGUGGAUGGACGGCUGGACGAUCUUCUAUUGGGGCUGGUGGAUUGCUUGGUCUGCAUUUGUUGGCAUGUUCAUAGCCAAAGUUUCCCGAGGACGUACCAUCCGUAAUGUGAUCAAUGCAACGAUGACAGCACCAAUAUUGUACAGUUUCUUUUGGCUUUGCAUCUUUGGUGGUGUUGGUAUCAAAAUGGAACGCGAAGCAGAACUGAAUAACGUCACAUGUAACUCUGUUCUUGGCGGUGGGAAUUCCACAGCAUCGUACAACGGAUUAUACCGUUUGUCUUGUCGAGCGUUCAGCAGAAUGUUUUUUGAUGUGCUGGGUCAAUAUGGGGAUAACCUGGAAGGUUUUCUAUUUGGACUGUCUUUGGCAACGAUCGUCUUAUACUUUGUGACGAGCUCUGACAGUGGUUCUUUGGUAAUUGAUUGCCUAUCGGCCAAUGGUAGCCCAGAACCGCCAGUUCUCCAGCGCAUAUUUUGGGCAUUAACUGAAGGUGCCUGUGCUACAGCGCUGCUUAAGGCUGGGGGUAGAGAUGCCUUGGACGCUCUGCAAACUGUUUCCAUUGCCGGGGGUUUGAUCUAUACUGUGAUCAUAUGUUUCAUGUGUAUUUCCAUAUGGAAAGUCGUGAAGGAAGAAGCUGGAGAAAGCAAUCCAAAUGCACCGCAGUUUUCAUCUUCUAUCCUUGCAGUUCUUGGUUGCAUCUCCGCUCAGAAAUGGUUGAAUGUCUUUUUCGCGGCCGUGUUUCCAUGGUAUCGUGGGGGUCAAGCUGCAGGCAAGAUCUACAACCAAAAGCCCUGGCCUCAUAUGCUUGCACUUGCUGUUAUGAUGUAUGCAUGGAUUGCACUGGAAAUCGCCGAAGUGGCAAGUAAUGGGUUGGCGUAUAUUGGCUGGGUGAUUCUGUUUGGAUUCUUCGCUUAUCUCAUAGCGAUACGGGUAGCGAUUCGAAAUCGUUAUGGAAUCCAAGGAAGCCUGUUUGAAGAUGCUCUUGCCGUGAUUUUCAUGUAUCCUUUGGUUGUUGAUCAGAUGCACGAACACGUGUUUUACGGCCAGGAUAUGCCAGAAAAAAGCCAACAAGUGCAAGACAAUAUUGGCAUGGAUAACCCAGGACAACUGAAUCAUGGCGUUCAAACCCACGAGCAAAGCAAUGGAAGAAAAUUUGAAGAAGCUCAUUUUUAGUAGCAUUUAUAAAAUAGUGUCAAAAUAAGUACGUACACGGCUUGGUUAGUUUUAGAAGACUUCGAAGUCUUCCUGAAUUUUUUUUGUAGGUUAGUUGUAUACAAACUUAUUAAAUAGCGAAUAGAAAAGCUUGAAUUUUCAUAUUUUCAAUCACGAACUUGAAAGAUCAUUUUGAACUAUCUAUAAUUUAGUAUUAGGAAAGCCUUGUUACGACAUAACUUUAAUCAAUCUUUUACAACAACUAUUUUCUUAUACAUAUAUCCUCCUUUUAUAAUUAAUUUAGUAAGCAUGUGCAUUAGGUAGGGUUUAACUAUAGGUGGGCUCAACUCUUAAGUCCAGAUUAUUUAGAUAGUACAGUUAAAAUUAAAUGUAAGUUGACCCUGGUUUUGUUAGUACGAUGGAAUAUUUAUCGAUCAGAAAGUAAAUAUUUGUAAAUCUGUACUUAACAUGCAUUGCCAUGUGUAAUAUAUCGUAAACGAUUUACCUUAAAGUAAUAAUAAAAUUUUAUUUUUUUGUACUUCAA